AGCUCCAGCCCCAGACAUGUCCUGCUACACCCCGUGCCGGCCCUGCCAGCCCUGCGGCCCGACCCCGCUGGCCAACAGCUGCAAUGAGCCCUGUGUCAGGCAGUGCCAGGACUCCAAUGUCUUCAUCCAGCCCUCCCCCGUGGUGGUGACCCUGCCCGGGCCCAUCCUCAGCUCCUUCCCACAGAACACCGCCGUGGGAUCCUCCACCUCCGCUGCCGUUGGCAGCAUCCUCAGCUCUCAGGGAGUGCCCAUCAACUCCGGGGGCUUUGGCCUCUCUGGCCUGGGCAGUGGCCUCUGUGGCAGGAGCUGCUUCCCCUGCUAAAGCUGCUGCCCAUGGCCCUGGCAAGGAACCAGGGACACACAGGAUGGAACCGCCCUGGGGACGCAGCAUCGGCUUCUGCUU